AUGUCGGCCCCAUCAACAAUGAAGGCCGUUGUGGUCGAGCAAACUGGAGGCCCCGAGGUACUCCAAUUCCGCACUGCUCACCCAGUGCCAACUCCUCAAGCCGGACAAUUGCUAGUUCGAAACAAUAUCUCCGGUGUCAACUUUAUCGACACUUAUUUCCGAACAGGACUAUACGCUUCACCCAAGCCGGAGAUCCUGGGCCGCGAAGGUGCCGGUACUGUCGCAGCUGUGGGUCCCGAAACAACCGGAUUCAAUGUCGGUGAUCGCGUUGCUUGGUUGGCUACUCAAGGAUAUGCGGAGUAUACUGCUGUAUCUGCGGCCAAGGCUGUCAAGAUCCCCGAGGGAAUCAGCGAUGAGGAUGUCAUGGCCUCGUUCUUGAGUGGCUUGACUGUGCUUGCAUUUGCGAAGGAGACUUAUCCUGUUCAGAAGGGGGAUUGGGUUCUUUUGCAUGCUGCCGCUGGAGGUGCAGGUUUCCUGAUGACCCAGAUUUUGAAAAUUAUGGGGGCCAAGGUCAUUGGCACCGCUGGCGGCGCAGAGAAGUGCGCUCUUGUCAAGGAUCUUGGCGCUGAUGUGGUGAUUGAUUACCGCAGCGAGGAAGGCAAGGACUGGGUGAAACUGGUCAAGGAAGCCACUGGUGGUCGUGGUGUUGAUGUCGUCUAUGAUUCUGUCGGCAAGGAUACCUGGGAGGGCAGUCUGGAAGCUGUCAAGCGCAAGGGUACUAUUGUUUGGUUCGGCAAUGCUAGCGGUCCUGUACCCCCGCUGCCUUUACCCAAACUUUCCCCCAAGUGUGUGAAGGUCGCCCGCCCGACCCUCUUUGGGUACAUUGAGACCCGCCAGGAGUUUGAGUACUAUACGAAUGAGCUGUUCAACCUUCUCAAAUCGGGCCAGCUGAAGACUAAGAUCCACAAAGUUUACCCGUUAGAGGAUAUCAUCCAAGUGCACAAGGACUUGGAGGGGCGUAAGACCAUGGGCAAGCCCCUUCUGAAGCCAUGA